AUGCCUCAUCUGCUUCCCAGGCAGUCUGACAUUUCUUGGAAGCCUCAUGAGGUAGAAUACCUUCGUCAUCAAGGGGUGUUUGUGACACCACCAGAUGAUAUAUGCGAUGAUUUGAUCAGAUGCUACUUUCACCAUGUUCACUUCUUCCUCCCGGUCAUCGACGCCGCCUCAUUUCUGACAGAAUACGAUAACAAUAAUCGUCAGAACAUUAGUCUUUUGCUGUUCUGGAGCAUGCUUUUAGCAGCUGCGAAUUUCGUUGAAGCAGAUGUCUUACAAAAAGCUGGAUUUGCAUCGAGGAAAGCUAUGAAGACUACAUUCUAUGAGCGUGCUAAAGCUUUAUAUGACCUUGAUCACGGCACGGACAAGCUUGUGCUUAUCCAAUCAUGCAUACUGAUGAGCUUAUGGUAUACCGAUCCUCAAGACCAUACUGGAGCAUGGUAUUGGAUCGGUAUCGCCAUCUCUCUUUCCCAAACGCUCGGCCUCCAUCGAUGUCCUCAAUUCAACAAUCGCAGCCAACGGCUUCCAGAGACGCAACAGCCAAUGAUUCGUCGCAUUUGGUGGUCUUGUAUUGUUAGAGAUAGAUGGAUAUCUCUAGCCAAAGGUCGACCAAUGCGAAUCCAUCACGAGGAUUGCGACAUUCCCGAACCCGAAGCUGAAGAUAUCAUGAAGAAUCUUGCAAGUAUUACGGCUAUCACGAGAAGAAAGUUCGUCCCUUCAGAAUCGGACAUUCUAGCACAGAUGUGGAUCAAUCUUGUGAAAAUCAGUGAUAGUCUGGGAAGGAUAUUGCGCAUUCAUUAUCGUGCUACUGGUCCAAAAGCAUUGGCCGACGAUGUUGAUAGGUCGAUGGGAGAUCUUCAAAGCUGCAGGCCUAGAUUAAUCCUCACCGACGAUGCAAGCGAUCUUUUACUCCUUCAUGCGUAUCACCUUGAACUGUUUUAUGAGGCAACUGUGGCAGUCCUCUAUCGUCCAUACGUUUUGAGUACGCCCUCAACACCGGCCUCUGAGAAGCCAACCUCAUGGCAAAGAGCAGCGCUGGAGCAAGCACGGACAGCAGCAUCCAACACCAACACUGUGUUGGAGAAAAUCAUAGAACUUAACACGGUUCAUCUUCUCAAGCCCAUGAUAAUCACUACCAUCAUUCCGGCAAUGCAAAUCCACCUCUUCGAUUGCAAGUCCUCGGUCCCCUUGCGUCGCGGACUUGGCAAGAACAAACUUAGUCUUUGUAUGCUUGUCCUAUCACAACUCCGUGAUACGUACUGGAGUGCCAGCGUCAUAUUCCGGUUGUUCGAGCGCGCGCAAACAAUGCUCGAUAAAUCCAAGUCAAACAACAUACCUUUAGUAGAGAAUCCGGCAACGAACCAUCAUCGCUCAGAAAGUCACUCCACCAGUAGUCCCCACGUCGACACAGAAUAUCAGCAGCAUCAACAAUUCCAGCAAGCCAGUGCACAAGCAUCUAUGGGACAUAUACCAGAUUCCAACCUCCUCACGGCUGAGCAAACGAUUCCUGAUACCUACUGGUUCAAUGACUCCGGUUCUCCUUGUUUCAGCAACGUCGACCAGCUUCUGAGUCCUGGCUUCUCGGUCCCGGAAAAUGUAUAUCAGCCUUUUUUCACUGGGUACGAUAAUGGCAUAGGAGGUCCCUAUAAUCACCUGCACCCCCCAAACGGCAAUCCUGUUAAUUUGAUGUAUAAUGUAUGA